AUGGGCGAGCCGGACGAGUCUGCCCGGGCGCCGAUACGGGCGCACAUUUUGGCGUCCAUCAACCCUUUUAUGAGCAACUCGGCAAAUGGGGACGAUCACCGAACGGAUCACAAGAGACGGCCAGGACGACGGCGACGAACGUAUUCAUCAGAGAGGGCCCGAAGCGGCGCGGACGAGAACUCGGAGGCCGCUGAGGCUGGCAGCGGCGACCACCUGCGGCCGCGUACCUCCAAGAUGCGGUUCAAAUCGAAGCGACCGCAGGAGAGGGUCGGCGACGACGACGACGACGACAGCCGUCGGACGCGAUACAGAAGCCGAGACUACGAGACAGACAGCGACAGAGGUCGCGAUACUGUCAUCGACCGAGAUACGAAACGGAGUGGAUACAGCAGCAGAUUGGGCGUUGGUGACGAUGCCACCCUCAAAGAAUCCCUGCACGACUCCACAAACCACGAGGUCCGUUCGAAGGAAGAGGCCAGCUCACGGCGCCGCCACCAUCGCCGCCGUCGACAUCACCACGGCCGACACCAUAUGCGGACAGAACGGUCUCUUAGUCGAUCCAGGUCACGCUCCCCCGCGUCGGCGGACGGUCAUAGGGACAAGAAACGGCAUCACCGCAGAUCGAGGCGCGACGACAAUGGACGUGAACAAGAAGAGGAAGACCCGUACGCCGAUCCACCCCUCGACCCGGACGCCGCUUUCCGUCAGUCCCUCUUUGACGCCAUGGCCGACGACGAGGGCGCCGCUUACUGGGAGGCUGUGUACGGCCAGCCCGUGCACGAAUACGCCGAAGAGGCCAAGGCAUACCAACAGCAGGCUGGUAGUGGAGGCGGCACGGCAGACCCGGACGGCUUGUCUGCAAUGAAUGACGACGAAUAUGCCGACUAUGUCCGCCGCCGGAUGUGGGAGCGUUCAGACGAGGGCCGGCGCGAGACACGCGAGCAGCAGAAAAAGCAGCAAGCGGCAGCAGCGGCAGCCGAGAAGGAGCGCAUUCGUGCAAAGCAGCGUGCGUUUGAGCAAGACCGGCGACACUGGGACGAGGUCGAGCGCAGCUUGCGGCGUGGUGAGGCGCGGAAGAAGAGGCGGUUGUGGCAGGACCGGUGGCAGACAUACACGUCUGCAUGGUCGACCUGGGAGGCCAGCCCGUCGCCCGGUACCAUCCCCUGGCCGGUGGCGAGGGAUGAGGCGCCAGACACGGAUGGCAAAGGCCAAGAAGAAGCGUUUGCGAAGGAGGUCCGCGCCUUCUUUACGGGCGGACCACAGGACGGUCCCCGCUACGACGACGACGGCGACGACGAGAAGCUCGAGCCCACGACAGAGAAGAGUUUGCUGGCUCGGCUGCGCGAUGAGCGCGUUCGCUGGCAUCCAGACAAGAUGCAGCAGAGACUGGGCGGCAGAGUGGAUGCGAUGGUAAUGCGCGACAUUACAGCCAUCUUCCAGGUCGUCGACCGGCUUUGGAGUGAGCUGCGGGAGAAGAAGUAG